AGGAAGUCGAGUAUGAGAAAUGGUGGGACCAGCGGUAUUCGUAUCCUAAUCCUUCAACUUCUCGAUGAUCAGUCGUUCUGGAAAAUGAAAAGCCCGGAAAAGAAAAAAAUACAUCCAAUGAUUGUUACUUUUUGUGUCUAAUUGAUGUUCCCACUGCCACCAUUUUGGUAACCCUCCCUGUGCAAGGCGAGGUCUGCCAAGAUGAGUGUCAAUGAUACCCUCUGCUGCUUUGGCGGUCAUUUCCGAGCCCGGAUGUCUAGUGCGUGUCCGGUGCUGCGUUUCAUUCCUUUAUGAUAUGCGUUCCGCAAGGAUACCCAACUGGCCUUGUGUGUUCAUGUUGUGCGCCGUCCAAACUAGAUUGAUACCACUUGUUGCUGUUUAUUGCUUGCUCUUUGAUGUUCUCAUGUUGCUGUUUGAUGCUUUUGUCUUGAUACCCUACUGGGAGGAAGGGUGCUUUUUGUCAGCUGGACGGGACUUCCCUCCACUCAAAUUGGCCCGAACCGUCGACUACCAUGGCUACAUGGUGACAGCGUGCUGAUAGCGCCAUGUAUACAUGGCACAGCAUCAUGAGGUAAUACUUAAUAGAAUCCACGUAUUGUUAGUAACAUAUCCAC